CGGCGCGCGCGGCGGCGGGAGCUGGCGGCCCCGGGGACUGACCGUGUCCCUGUAGCUUUCCUCUGUCUUUGGAGAAAGAACGGUCCCCGAGGAACGGUAUUCUGCCCCUUGAAGACUCAGGAGGAUGAAAGUCAUCACUUGUGAGAUCGCCUGGCAUAACAAGGAGCCAGUGUACAGCCUGGACUUCCAGCACGGAGCCGCCGGGAGGAUCCACAGGCUGGCCUCCGCGGGGGUGGACACCGCUGUCAGGCAGAUCUGGAAGGUAGAAAAAGGACCAGAUGGAAAGGCCAUUGUUGAAUUUUUGUCCAAUCUUGCUCGCCAUACCAAAGCUGUCAAUGUCGUGCGUUUUUCUCCAAAUGGGGAAAUUUUAGCAUCAGGAGGGGAUGAUGCUGUCAUUCUGCUGUGGAAGGUGAAUGAUAACAAGGAACCAGAACAGAUUGCUUUUCAGGACGAGGAUGAGGCUCAGCUGAACAAGGAGAACUGGACUGUCGUAAAAACCCUGAGGGGCCACUUAGAAGAUGUGUAUGAUAUUUGCUGGGCAACCGAUGGGAAUUUAAUGGCUUCUGCCUCUGUGGAUAACACGGCCAUCAUAUGGGAUGUCAGUAAAGGACAAAAGAUCUCAAUUUUUAAUGAACAUAAAAGUUAUGUACAAGGAGUAACCUGGGAUCCUUUGGGUCAGUAUGUUGCUACCCUGAGCUGUGACAGGAUCCUGAGGGUGUACAGCAUACAGAAGAAACGUGUGGCUUUUAAUGUCUCAAAGAUGCUAUCUGGAGUAGGGGCUGAAGGAGAGGCGAGAAGUUACCGGAUGUUCCAUGACGACAGCAUGAAAUCAUUCUUUCGUAGACUUAGUUUCACUCCUGAUGGAUCUUUGCUCCUCACACCAGCUGGAUGUGUGGAAUCCGGUGAAAACGUAACAAAUACAACUUAUGUUUUCUCCAGGAAAAAUCUUAAAAGGCCUAUCGCCCAUCUUCCGUGUCCUGGGAAGGCGACACUCGCUGUCCGCUGCUGCCCCGUCUACUUUGAGCUGAGGCCAGUGAUGGAAGCAGAGCCAGGUGUGGAGCUGGUGAGCCUGCCCUACCGCUUGGUGUUUGCUGUGGCUUCUGAAGACUCUGUGCUUUUGUACGACACCCAGCAGCUGUUCCCGUUUGGUUACGUGUCUAACAUACAUUACCACACCCUGAGCGAUAUUUCCUGGUCCAGCGACGGGGCCUUCUUGGCCAUCUCUUCCACGGACGGUUACUGUUCCUUUGUGACGUUCGAGAAGGAUGAGCUUGGAAUUCGCUUGAAAGAGAAGCCAGUUCUGUGCGUGAGAACUCCCGAUACAGCGAAGAAAACCAAGAGUCAGUCACACCCAGGGUCUUCGCCAGGACCCAGGCUGGGAGAGGGAACCCCCAGCAGCAGAGUCUGGGACCCCAGCAGCCCCUCUGCAGCGCCCCCUCAGGCGAAACAGUCUCCGGCCCCCACGGCGGCCAAGGACACCCCUGUGACCGCUCCUGGCGCCAGAGGCUUCCUGGCAGGGCCCUCCGAGGAGAAGAGCCUGCAGCCCGGCAGUCAGAAUGCGAAAGCCCAGCCACCCCGGAGGGUCACUCUGAACACACUGCAGGCCUGGAGCAAGUCAACACCCCGGAGAAUAAACUUAAUACCCUUAAAGACAGAUACUCCACUGAAUUCUAUACCAACCAGCGUAAUUUCCAGCCCUUCCACAGAAGAAAUUCAAUCAGAGAUGCCUGGAGACCUUCAGGUCAGUCCCCCGGAGCUUAAGCGGCCCAGACUCGGUGAGCACAAAGAAGGUCCCCAAGGUCUGGACCCCUGAUGAGACCUGUCAAGUGCCUGAAAGGCUGCUAGGUCUGGGGACCCCCGUGUGCCCAGAGAGGGGCGAGACCAAACACACCUGAGACCAGUGGAAUCAGAUGGAGCCUGACGGACACUAGAAAAUGGAUUUCUGUAACAGAAGAUACACAUGGACCGAUUUUCUCCAGAAAUAUGUUGGCUGUUAUAUUUAGCACACAUUUUUACCUCAGAGAUGUGAACAUUUUAAUAGACUAAAUUCUCUUUUUGAUGAGUUUCUGAGACUGGAACAGUUCAAUGUUACCUAGUGUGAAAAUCAGUAAAUCCCCCCCCUUGGAAUACUUGUGUGAAAGUACGGACACUUUAUGGGUGGACUCCUUCCACAGCUAGAAUUAGAGGAGAGGGUGGUUCGAGAAGGUUUAUUCUGUUGAAUUUUGGAGUGUUUGAUUAUUAGAUCACCUUAGCUUCUAAAUAGUUGAUUAACUUUUGGAAGUUUGUUAUGUGUGCUUUCUGAUUUUAAAGGUGGUAAUGCACAUUCUAGAAAGUUAGUAAAGAGUGAAGUAGAAAAAACGGGUUGGAGGUGGAAAUCACCCAUCUGACCACCAGAGGGAACCCUUGGUACUGUUUUGGCAUAUUUCCUUAAAUUUUCUAUGUUUCUAUUAAUGUUAUUUUAUUUGGGGGAGUGGGGGAGAGUUGAGAUUUUACUUUAGAUACAGUUUGGUAUCCAAAUAGGUUAACUUCUUAGACUGAUUUUUCAAAGCAAAAAAAGUACCUUUCCUUAGCAGUCUGUGCCUCUGCUCUCCGUCCCUGGGAUGCUGGCACGGUCCUUUCCCUCUUGGGAGCAGACUGGACUCAUGGGCUGAGACGUAUGACGUGCUGUCGCUGCAGGAGGCCUCCCACGUGUGGAGUCUCCUCUUAGCGCAGAGACUCUGGUGAUGCAACCAAGAGGGGGUGGUGGGUGGAGCCCUAGAAGCUGGUGCGGCUGCUUCGCGUUGAGGAGUUUACAGAUGCUUUCGUGGCCCUCCAUGCUGUCCCUCUGGCACGAUGAACACGGCGAGUCCCGCGGGUGAGGCUACACCCAGGACCCCUUCCCUGUCUGAACCAAAUCAGAGGGCGAGCUCGGGACCCGCAGGUCCAGGCUCUGGCAGGGAGCCGCUGAGGAUGGAAGAACACACUCUUGUCAGCUCAGGUCAGCCGCAAAGAAGAGAGCUGGAAAGAAGCGUCACCUUGUUGCUAAUCCACAACCCAGUUAA